AUUUGGAUUAACUAGUCACUAACAUUUAAACUUAUUCAUCACUUUUCAGUCAAAGUGACAGCAUGGGGUGUCCUAUUCAGACACAAACUCUUAACUUUGCAAAAAAAAAAAAAUGGAAUGCUUAUGUCAAAAAGAAUAUCAAAUGUAAUUUUAUACAUAGUUACGGCGAUGUUUGUAUAUAACUGUCUCAUAGACACAUGGGAACAGAAGAACUUAUUUUUAAGGUAAGUUAAAAUGUAAAAGCUAUGUGGUGAGCAGGGGGUUAAGGGGUGGUCUUUGCGAAAUUUGAAGCUAAUGAAGUCUGAGGAAUGUUACACAUUACAUUCUCUUGCUUCAAGCUUUUCCGUGGAGGUCAGUUACUUAGGAUAGUCUGCGAUUUCUGUUUUGGAGACAAGUCAUUAAUUGAAGGUAGCAGCAGAAGGGACUUGACUCUGCAAGUCUUCCUAAGGUACAGUACCCCAGGCAAUUAAAUACCUUGCUAUAUAUAGUGUAAGGAAGCAAACUAAUGCUAAUACCUACUUUAUAGAACUAUAUAUAUAUAUAUAUAUAUAUAUAUAUUCAAUGAUAUUUGAGUAUUUGUCCAGUAAUGUAAAUGCAAAAUAAUGUAUUCGUGUGGACAUAAAUGCUUUACACUUCAUCAAGGGAUGAGUAAUGUAUUACAAGAAAUUCCAAUACUUAAGUUUUUGUAUGUGUGUGUUUGUGUAAAUACAUAUAUAGACACACAAAUAUAUAUAUGUUAGAUUUUUUUGGUAAAAAGAUUGCAUUUGUAUUGAGUACAAUAGAACAGCUUUUGAAACUGAGUUAUGGACAGAUGUAGUUCUGUUCAAAGUUCUUGAAAUAUAAUAUAUUGCCUGGGGAGUUGUUUAUGCAGUUGUGUGCAUUUAAUGACAGUUUCUAGAUGUGAUAAGUGGUACAGGAAAUAUUACGAAAGCUAUGCCCUAGACAAUAAUCCUUUAAGCCUCUGUCUCCUUUAUUUUGCAGAUGAUACUGCUAGGGUCGGGGUCCAGUGUUUGGCUAAAUGGUCUGGUGUUUCUCCUGCUUUGUAGCAAGAUCCCUGCAGAGAGAUGCCAAGGGGGUCAUUCUUGUACAGGCAGCCAGCCAGAUAAUGAGCAGCAGAGGCCAUGUGUGGGUCCAAGGUGCACUGCAAGGACAAGUAGGACCUCCAGGUCUCACCAGCAUAUGGCCACCAACAAUGGAUACACGCAGCCUAGUAGAGCACUUCUGCAGACCUCUGGUUCCUUGGGUGAAGACUCUGUUGGAUCUACUGACACAUGGGGUGGACAACAGCAGGGGAACAGUAACAGCACUAGAGAUUGCAAAGGUAUUGAGUGCAAAUUGCCCUUGCGGAUCCGGUUGAAGUCCAGAAGUCGUGCUGCCUGCGUUGGUGAAGGUUGCCCCUUGGUGGAAGGGCAAAGCUUAGUGCGUUUAUCAGACAGGGCAGCACAGUUCAUUGGUGAGGUUCCAGAUCACCAGUACUCUGAAUUGGGAGGUGCACCAUUGGGAGUACAGCUCACCUGUGAUAUCAAACCAGGUAAGUAGCUGUCAUAAUUUGUUUGUGUUAUGUUUGUGGACUUCAAAAACUCUAGACCUCAACAUAAGGUUAAUAUUGUUAUAUAAUUUAUGGCAAGUGGGGUACUGGAAAAUAUAUCUGUACUUUUCCUCUGGACUUACUAAUAAGUAGGGAUGGCUCUGCCAAUGGUCCCCCAUUCCCUCACCCAUAUGUGAUUAGGUGAGGAUUAACAGUGUAGGACAGUAAUAUGGGGUAUCCAAUAAUUGCCACUAAGACUUUAAACAUAGCAAUCUUUCCCCUAUACCAUUACCCAAUAUGCAAUGGUUUAUUAGAAUUAAGAUACAUUAGACGGCUUUGAAUCCUCCUGAUCUUUAUCUAUGUAGUGGGCUUUGGAAUACGGCUGAUAAUACGUUUUUAUGUCCUAGGGCAGUAGAAGGAGUUGUUAGUUCUCUUCUUGUACUACUUCCACUGUUAGAUGGAGGUUACAAGAAAAACCAAAGAGCAUGUGCAUGCCCCUUUCUCCAGUUCCACAUUUACAGUCUGAAUAACUGUGACUUUAAAGCAGAAAACAAUAAACACUGUCACGAGAAAUGUGUAAUAUUCCCCUAAAAAUACCUGUGAAAUAAAAUACUUACAUUAAGUCACCAUGUCAAAUGACGUUAUCAGGUCCUUGUUUUCUGUGCACAGAAAUGGGCUUUCGGCAAAAGAAAAAAAAAUUCUCUUAGAAUCCUGCAACAUCUGGACCAAAACCUGUGGAGACAAAAAACAGAUUUGUACGUCUUGAAAGACUCGUGAGGAUCAAAUAGAAAAAAAAAUGGCAUGAUACCAGAUAUGGGUUUUUAAAAUCUCUGUGUCAUCACCUAUGAACCAAUGUGAUUGGCUGGCUGAACCAGCCAACUCCAUGGCUCCCAUCUUCCUGUAUAUUGUUAUGAAAACAAAGUCAUAUGACUGGUAAAUGUAAUGUAGCAUAUUAUAUUUAAAGUUUAUGAUGGAACCAAGAGAUGGUUUUGGGCUAUAGUGCUCUUGCAGGUUGCCAAUGUCAAUUGGUCAGAUCUAUAAACCCAGAUAUUAAAUCUUAAGAGCUCACACUGAUCGGGUGAUAACAGCUCUGUAGAAAUAUAAAUUGGACCAUUUAUAAAAUCGUCAAAACUGUAGGAUUAGGUAGACUUUCCAAAAUGUAUUGUUUAUUUAACCCCCUUUGCUGACAGGUAAUCUCAUAUUAUGGUAUAUAUUGUUUAAAGCCACAAUAUAGUACCUCCAGGGUCUUUGAAAUUAUAUAUUAACCUAUAGCAUAGAAAAUAUAUGUAGUUCACCUGUUCCCAUAUAUUAAAAAAGAGAAACAUUUCUUCAAAGAAGCGAGAGAGAAUACUCUUUAAUGGGUAAAAUGUAGAGACAGUGCUUAAUGAAUUAUCACUAAUAAUGCUUAGCUUAGAGGUUGUUGAGAGUCAGAUUUUGAUAAAAUAAGAAAACAUUAUUUUGUAGAAGAGUACUGUAGAUACAAGGAACUGACACCCAUCCUAGAUGGAAAGGGUUCAAUAAAUUCCAGACUCCAAGCAUAAAAAAACAGUCUUUUCAAACUAGUUUAAUAACAUAUUGUAGCAAUCUGUUCUGUUUUGUUUAUACGAAUAAGAGAUCAGAUGCUCCCCUCUGUAUUCAUUCCUGGUUUCAUCUUCCCAUUAAAUAAUCUUUGAAUAAGGCUCUCGAUAUAUAACAUAUCACAUCAGCUUGUUGGAUGUUUGAUCUACAACUGGCAAUUUUACAAACCCAUCUAGUAAGAGGUCAAACUUGUAUUCGUUUUUCUAUAUCUGUGAUCUAUUUUAAAUAUUUUUUAUUUUAUAUUUCUAUGAGCUAGUUUUUGAGGAGUGAUUUAUUAAAUUAUUGUAUGCUUUUCCAUGUGGUCUACAUUAUUAUGAAUUGUGAGCCAAGGGUACAAUUCUAGAAGAAGCAAUAUUUGUUCUAAAGUCAGCAUUAUGUUUCAAUGUAUCUAAACGUUUUCCCUGGGGUAUAUUAGAUUUGAUGUAUUGAGUGACUGCUUACUUAAUUAUUCCCUUUUGCCCUGGUAUGUCAACAGAUGGGAUUAGACGCACCAUUCGCUAUUUUCCUUAAACUCAGAUCUGAAAAGUUAUGUCUUUAAGGCUUUUACUUAGUGCUGAUAGAUAAGAAAUUCUAAAACAGUAUCAUUUGUCUCUUGUGGUCCAUCACUGCUUCUUUAUAACAGACUGCAUUGCAAAGUAAACAAACAGGGGUGACUUUUUAACCCCUUAAGGACACGUGACAUGUGUGACAUGUCAUGAUUCCCUUUUAUUCCAGAAGUUUGGUCCUUAAGGGGUUAAAGCACUAGUAAGUAAUAGAAAAGUAAUUCAAAGUUAUAAUAAGGAAACUUGAAAACUGAAGAAAUGUCCAAUUGAUUCCAUUGGUUUCCACGGUGAUUGAUCAAUUAUUUGAUCUUUUCCUCAAUUUUCUUUUAGCAAAAUUUUUCUAAAUUUCCCCCAACAUGUUAAAAGUAAAUUAAACAAGCUAUUAUGCUUUACUCUAAUAAUACAUGCAUCUCCAACAAUCGAACCAGAACCUUUUGAGUUUUUCAAAGAAAAGUAUUAAAAUAUUAGAACGUUCUUAGAGAUCUGACUAUUUCUUUCAUUGUAUAGACCUCCUGUUGUCAUUUGUUUGAGGGCUUUAUUAUUUUCUUUGAUUUGUCGUGUAUAUGAAAAACUCUUAAAAAAUCUAGAAGUGGUCUGGCACUGUGUGUAGAGUAAGUUAUGUAUCUAGUUUACUGUAAUAGUAGGAAUUCUCAUUUUUUUAAAAAAUUUUUUAAGUUGGACAUUAGUUUGCCUGGGAAGGAAUUACUGCACAAACUGUCUGGUGCUCUUUGCAUUCUUCCCAUUAUUGUAAAAUAAUACCCUAGGGCUCAAAAGUGCACAUAUGUUUUCCAUCUCUUUAAAUUUCACUUAGGUGCUCAUUAAAUGCUGUGUUUACAUCUUAAGGACUGUGCCUGGUAUUAUGUAAAAUGAUAUAGAUUGCUUUUGCUUGUCAAGGUGUAUAACAAAGUUAAAUAUACAGUGGGGACGCUAAACAUUGAUUUAUUAUGAGUAGCUGCCUAGCAACAUGGUGGCCAAGAUAGCCAAAGUUUUGCCAAAGGGUAUAUGGGUGUAUAGACCUGAUAUGCCACUAGAACCCAGUUACACAUAGCUGCACACCUUAAAAGAUAUGGAACAGGUCCUUAAGUUAACAAAGAAACAAGGACUUUAAUAAGAUAGCAAUGAGACAGUGUAAGGGCUAGGACAGGUUGCAGUAGCAAGAUAAUCCAAUACAUCAGUUCUAGAGGUGGGCAAUCCAGUAAUGUCAUCAGGUAAGGUCCAGGUUUUAGGACAAACAAAGAUGAUUUGUAAAUGUCCAAGGGUUUGGAGUCCAGAAAUCCCAAAAAAAUGAAGACUGGGAAGGAAAUAGUUAGACAAAGGGGGGUUACAGAAUAGCCAGGCACUGGAUUGAGGGUUCCCUGAUGAUAGCUAGGCAGAGCCACCUCGUGGCAGGGCUGGCCAGUGCAUGGGUCCCGAUGGAACCCAUGCCUUAUGCAAUCUAUGAUCUAUGCAAUCUUUGAUCAUAUACUGUAACCAAACCCCCAUAAUUUUUUGCCUAGGUGAGGUGUUUUUAAAUAAAUCUCAUAUUCUGUGAGACUUGAAAUUGCUCUUUAGUGAAUGAGUGAGUGCGCUGUAUUUUGCAUGUUGUCUGAAUUGGCCCCAGCAGCACUCUAUAAUGUAAUUAUAAUGCAUGUUCAGGUGAGUGCAUUCUCUUGGUUAUAUAUAUAUAUAUAUAUAUAUAUACUAAAUAAGUACUACUAUAUAUAUAUAUAUAUAUAUAUAUAUAUUCAGUUGUGGGCCCUUGCUGGCUUGUACAAUGAAGAGGGGGCCCAGGGGUCUCAUCUUUCACUUCCAGCAGCAGGCCCUCUCCUCUUGCGAGCAAUGAGUGCCCUGUCCCCAGUUGCCAUAGCAAUGCUCCAGGCAGCAUGAAUGGGGAUUAAACACACACACUUACACAAGCACACAAAAACACAGCUACACACUAAAACCCAUAGCAAGACACACACAUAAUGUUGGACACAUACACAAUGUCAACAAUUGUAGAAAGUAAUCCAGGCACUCCAACGAAUUCCAAAAAUAGGCAAUUUUAUUAGAACCAGAAGUUACACAGCAACGUUUCAACCCCUCAGGGUCUUUAUCAAGCUUUCUACAAUUGUUAACCUUAUAUCUGGUCCAUACUGGUACUGGGAUUCCUAGAUGAAGGGCUGAGUGCACGUCCAUCAUUUAUUUUUACAUACACAAUGUCAGACACACACACUGCAGGUCACAUGUAUACACACUACUAGACGCACGCACACACACACACACAGGCCUACACAAGGCUGAAAUGGGCUACAAGACUAUCGCCAAGCAGCUUGGUGAGAAGGUGACAACAGUCAUUAAUAAAAAAUGGAAGAAACACAAAAUAAUAUUCAGUCUCCCUUGGUCUGGUGCUCCAUGCAAGAUCUCACCUCGUGGAAUUUCAAUAAUCUUGAGAACUGUGAGGAAUCAGCCCAGACCUACACAGGAGGAUCUUGUGAAUGAUCCCAAGGCAGCUGGGACCAUAGUCACCAAGAAAACAAUUGGUACACUAUGCCAUAAAAGACUGAAAUCCUGCAGCGCCCGCAAGGUACCCCUGCUCAAGAAAGCACAUGUUGACCCGUCUGAAGUUUGACAAUAAACAUCUGAAUGAUUCAGAGGAGAACUGGGUGAAAGUGUUGUGGUCAGAUGAGACCAAAAUUGAGCUCUUUGGCAUCAACUCAACUCGCCGUGUUUGGAGUUCCCACCGUCAAACAUGGAGGUGGAAAUAUUAUGCUUUGGGGGUGUUUUUCUGCUAAGGGGACAGGACAACUGCACCGCAUCAAAGGGACAAUGGACGGGGCCAUGUACCAUCAAAUCUUGUGUGAGAACCUCCUUCCCUCAGCCAACGCAUCGAAAUGGGUCGUGGAUGGGUAUUCCAGCAUGACAAUGACCCAAAACACACAGCCAAGGCAACAAAGGAGUGGCUCAAGAAGAAGCACAUUAAGGUCCUGGAGUGGUCUAGCCAGUCUCCAGAUCUUAAUCCCAUAGAAAAUCUGUGGAGGGAGCUGAAGGUUCGAAUUGCCUCGAGAGCCUCGAAACCUUAAUGACUUCGAGAGGAUCUGCAAAGAGGAGAAGGACAAAAUUUCUCCUGAGAUGUGUGCAAACUUGGUGGCCAACUAAAAGAAACAUCUGCUCUAACAAGAGUUUUGCCACCAAGUACUAAGUCGAAGGGGUCAAAUACUUAUUUCACUCAUUGACAUGCAAGUCAAUUUACAAGUUUUUUGACAUGCGUUUUUCAGGAUUUUAUUUUUGUUAUUCUGUCUCUCACUGUUAAAAUACACCUACCAUUAAAAUUAUAGACUGAUCAUUUUUUUUUGUCAGUAGGCAAACAUUCAAAAUCAGCCAGGGAUCAAAUACUUUUUUCCCUCACUGUAAAUUGUUAUCGGUAAGUCACUUGAAAUAUUUUCAGAAUAACCCUGCCCCUGGCUUACAUCCAAUUAAAGUGUCCCUUUUUGUCCAUAUGAAAUGUUGGGAUGUCUGAUAAGCGUGUUGAUAUUUGGACUUGUUCCAUAUUGACAUUAUAAUGUGUGUAUGUUUUUUUUUCAGCAUAUUGUAAUCAAACAUUUUGGGUAAACGCUACGAGUGUGCUUGUUGUGUUGUGAUUUCUGCUAUGGUAUUUUGAUGUUACAGUGCUUAUUUGUCCUUAAUUUUUUGCUUUGAUUAAAGAGGAAGCAUUACAUUAAGUUUGUUGACAUUGCUGAGGUAUUUGUAGAAUUAGUUCAGCUUAUCCAUCAACACUUUUAAAAUUUUCAGAGUUUGGUUAAUUGUUAGAAAAGUGUAUUCUGUGGUUUAAAAAUUUAUUUUGAGGGUUGGAUUUAAGAAAACGCUGUUUUUGGUCAGGCUAACCCUACUUAUCAUGGUCCCACAUAAAAAGAAAGGGAAAAAAGUAGAUAAAACCAAUCUCCAUUCCAGUGUCAAGGCCAAGUUUUUUCCCGUCCCAAUUCUCCAGUUGAAAAAUCACUCACCCUCACUAGGAGGGGAGAGAUGUCAGAAGGUGGACUUUGGCAGAGGAAUGGAAUUUAGCAGUAUGGGUUAGGACAGAGAUAGGCAACCUUUGGCACUCCAGAUGUUGUGGACUACAUCACCCAUAAUACUCUUACACCCAUGUUUCUGGUAAAGCAUCAUGGGAGGUAUAGUCCAAAACAUCUGGAGUGCCAAAGGUUUCCAAUGCCUGGGUUAGGAAAUGCCACCACUGGCUGUCUAGCGGCAGCAUGUUGAUGAUAGAUGACAAACAUGCACAGAACCGACUUUAGCCAGCCUGCAACUGGGCUGGCUAAUGAUGCCCCAAUGACCUGCCAGAGGUGGAGUUAUAACAUGGGCAGCAGAGGGGUUAAAUUCUGUAUGUGCAGCAUUUUAUAGUGAAUCUCUGCACAUACAGACUUCAAUCAACAUGCUCAGUUCAAAUCCGUGAAUUGAUCUUAGAGCUUUGAGUAAUGAUUUAAGCUUUACUGCUUUAAGGGACACUGUAGGCACCCAGACCACUUCAGCUAAGUGAAGUAGUCUGGGUGCUGUGUCCCUAUUGCACUUAGUGCUACAAUGUAAAACAGUUCAAGAGAAACUGCAAUGUUUACAUUGCAGUACUAAGACUACCCGGUUAUCCCUAUGGCCAGUCCGGACCUGAUAUCUGGUGAAAUUGAAUAUCUCUCCUCCCUUGAGAGACAAUGACUGUGCAAUCAGAAAACAAGAAAAUGCAUUUAAAAAAUAUUAAGUCUAAUAUUCAUAAAUAUAAAAAGUACUAAUUCUGAUAUUCAUAAAUCAUUUCUACAUGUUCACUGUUUUGUAGGAGAAAAUGAAGUACCCUCAGAAGACGCGCUAAUUCUUCAGCUGCAACUCACAAAAGGCCAAGAGAAAUUUGUAGAAUCACUAAAAAAUCAACAAAAGACAAUCACAGAAUUGCAGCAAAAACUAUCGGAACAGCAAAACCUACUAGUUAGCCAACAGAGAGAAAUUAUUGAUCAGCAGCGGAAAAUGUAUGAGCAAAUGGACAUGAUUAAGGUGCAAUAUAGCAUUUUGUUUGAUACGGUAAAACAAAUGUCUUUCCAGAGCUUGCAAGAAGACAUUCAACAUUACUUUGAAGCACAUCUCCAAGGACUCCAGAGCCAGGUCAGAAAUCAUCUCCAGAAGACGUAUUCUGUGCACAAGGUGGAUGUAGAUAUGAAAGUGAUUGAUGUCAGAGAACCAGAGCUGACUUGUGGCUUAUGUCAAACUGAUGAAUUUUGUAGUUUUCAAAAGACACCCCCUCAAUGUGAAAAAUGCACAUUGUGUCCUGCUGGUUUUUUUCAGUUGUCCGAAUGUUCUGAAAACAUUGAUCGGAUUUGUCAGGUGAGCCAAAUCAUUUUCUUUUCAUUGACUGGUAAACAUGCACAAUUGCUCUGUGUAUUGCUGAAGGACAGACACUUUUAGUGCUUUAACCCCUUAAGGACGGAGGGCGUACUAUUACGCCCUGCAGGAGCCGGCUCUAAACGCCGGCGGGCGUAAUAGUACGCCCUCACUUUAAUGGCCGCCCAUGCGGCCGGCGCUAGUCGCCCGCUGCAGAUCGCGGUCGGGGGGGAUGCCCGGCCCCCCAGGCAACCCCCCCUGUGGCUGGUGACCGCGAUCUGCAGUCACUGAUCGCAGUGACAGGCUGUCACUGCAAUCAGUUUUUUAACGUGUGUCAGCCGAUUUCAAAUCGGCUGACACACGUGGCCAGCGGCUACCCCAGAUCGCGGUCGGCAGUGGUGUAUCCUGGUUUUGUGCUGCCCUAUGCAGGACAAAACGCAGGCGCCCCCCCCUCCCCCCGCGCCAACCCCCCCUGCACCAACCCCCCGCCUUCUAAAUACACACACACACAUUCACUGACAGAUACGCAUACACUCGCUAACAGAAACACACACACACUAACAGACACACUCACACUUACUAACAGACACACACUCACUAACACAUACACUCACAGGCAAACACACUCACACAGUCAGACACACACACACACUCACUGACACACUAACAGACAAACAUAGUCAGACACACACACUAACAGACACACUCACUCACUAGCAGACACACACACACUAACAAACACACACACAUUAACAGACACACAUACAGGCAAACACACACUCACUGACACACAGACAUACACACUAACAGACACAGUCAGACACACACACUAACAAAACACACACACAUUAACAGACACACACUCACUCAGUCACAUUAACACAUUUAUUUAUUUAUAUUUAGCCCCCCCUUACCUUUGGGAGUGCUGGGGGGGAGGGGUUCAUUACCUCCCUGGUGGUCCAGUGGAUGCCGGCUGGGCUAGGCAGGCGGCUGGCGAGGGAGCUCUUCCCCUGAGCGGUCUGCUCAGCUCCCUCGCGCGCCGCAAAGUGAGGCUGGGAGCCGGAAGAUGACGUCAUCUUCCGGUUCCCAGCCUCACUCUGCGGCGCGCGAGGGAGCUGAGCGGACCGCUCAGGGGAAGAGCUCCCUCGCCAGCCGCCUGCCCAGCGCCGCCCGCCAGCCCAGCCGGUCAGUUAGCCGCGAGGCUAACAAAGCAUUUGCCUGGGCAUUUGGGGGGCGGCGUUUUUUGCCGCCCCCUGAAAAAUGCCGCCCAAGGCAAAUGCCUUGUUUGCCUCGCGGCUAAAACGCCCCUGGCGGUCGGGGGUCUUACCUGGCCCCCCAGGCAGUCCCCCUGGGGUCAGUGACCGUGAUCUGCUAGCUCUGAGAUCGCAGUGACAGGCUGUCACUGCGAUCUCAGAGCGCUCUGAUCGCAGUGACAGCCUGUCACUGCGAUCAGUGUUACAUGUGUCAGCCUAUUGGCUGACACAUGUAACAGGCACAAAGAUCCCCUGCAGAUUGGAAGGGGGGAGUGCUUGUACCACCCAGGCACUCCCCCCUGUGGCCAAUUACCCAAUCUGCAGGAGGUGAUCACAGUGACAGGCAGUCACUGUGAUCACUGAUCCUGUGUGUCAGCCAGUGAUGUAAAAUCACUGGCUGACACUGUCUCUGCCCCCUGUCCUGUAAAAAAAAAAAAAUAUUAGUUAAAAAAAAAAAAUUACAGUUACAAAUAAAAUAUAUACUUAGAUCAUAUAUAUUAUAUAUAUAUGAUCUAAGUAUAUAUAUAUAUAUAUACACACACACACACACACACACACAUUUACACAUACACGAAGUGUAUUUAAAUAUUAAUAUAUAUAAUUAUUUAUAUAUAUUACUAUCAAAUUACACGUAGACUAAUACUGAUUUAAUAUAUAUAUAUAUAAUUAUUGUUAUAUAUAUAUAUUUAUAUAUAAUAUAAAAAAAUGUAAAUACGUAAAAAAAAUAAAAUUAAAAAAAUAAUUAAAAAUAAAUAAUAAAAAAAUAUAUAGAUGUUUGUUAUUUCGUUCUAACUGUAUUGUGAUAUUAAUAUAUAUAUAUUUAUAUCAAAAUACACGUAGAACGAAAUAAUAUAUAUAUCUAUAUACAUAAAUAUAUACGUAUAUAUCACUAUAUAUAUACACCUAUAUAUAAAUAAAAAUAUUAAAAAAAAUUAUAUAUAUAUAUAUAUAUGUAUAUAUACAUAUGUAUAUAUAUACAUAUAUUAAUUCUACACAUAUAUUUAUGUAAUAUUUUUACAUAAUUAGGUAUCCUAAUUAAUUACAAUUAGCGGGACCUGCCUGACAACCCAUGCCGAAAGUAUAGGGAAUUUAAUUUGCUAGCACUAUAUUUAACCCUAUAACUUUCCAAGACACCAUAAAACCUGUAAAUUGGGGUACUGUUUUACUCGGGAGACUUCGCUGAACACAAAUAUUAGUGUUUCAAAACAGUAAAAUGUAUUACAACAAUGAUAUCGCCAGUAAAAGUGAAGUUUUUUGCAUUUUUCACGCACAAACAGCACUUACACGGAUGAUAUUAUUGCUGCAAUACUUUUUACUGUUUUUAAACACAAAUAUUUGUGUUCAGCGAAGUCUCCCGAGUACAACAGUACCCCUCAUGUACAGGUUUUAUGGUGUUUUCAAAAGUUACAGCAUCAAAUAUAAGGCUUGUGUUUCAUUUUUUCACAUUAAAAUUCACCAGAUUGGUUACGUUGCCUUCGUGACCCUAUGGUAGCCCAAGAAUGAAAAUUACCCCUAUGAUGGCAUACCAUUUGCAAUAGUAGACAACCCAAGGUAUUGCAAACAGGGUAUGUCCAGUCUUUUUUAGUAGCCACUUAGUCACAAACACUGGCCAAAAUUGGCGUUUUUUUGCAUUUUUCACACAAACAGAUACUAACGCUAACUUUGGCCAGUGUUUGUGACCAAAUGGCUACUAAAAAAGACUGGACAUACCCCAUUUGCAAUACCUUGGGUUGUCUACUAUUGCAAAUGGUAUGCCAUUAUGGGUGUAAAUUUCAUUCCCGGCUACUAUACAGUCUCAAAGGCAACGUAACCAAUCUGGCGAAUUUCAAUUUCAAAUGUAACGUGCUAUAUUUGACCCUGUAACUUCCCAAAACGCCAUAGAACCUGUACAUAGGGGGUACUGUUUUACACGUGAGACUUUGCUGAAUACAAAUAUGUGUAUUUUAUUGCAGUAAAAGCAAACAGUAUUAUGACAUUGACCGUUAAAAUGUCAUGUAGAACUAAAAAAAUAAAAAAAAAUCUUAUUUUCUCCCAUUUUUUUCAUAUUAAAUUAUGUUUCAUAGCUAAAUAUUUGAUAUUAAAUGAAAGCCCUGUUUCCCCUGAAUAAAAUGAUAUAUAAUAAGGGUGGGUGCAUUUACUAUGAAAGAGGUGUAUUACGGUUGGACAGACAUGUAGCGCAAAUGCCAGGUUUUGUUUACAUUUUGUUUUGUUCACAAUGUGUACAUUUGGCUCCGUCCUUAAGGGGUUAAACAUAAUGAUAUAAAAUAUUGAUAGUUUGUUUAAAAGAACCAAAUAUGGGAGAGUUUAUUCCAUGGAUUCAUGGCUAACUAGUGUUAAUGUACCAUGGUAAGUUAGGUGCAGUUUUAAAACUUGAGCAAGAAUGGUGUUUAUACUAAGGUUUUAAAAUUCCAUCUUCAUGGUCCAAACAUUUAGAAUUUUUAAGUUUUCAAUAAUUAUUCUGUUAUUUGUUGCCAUUCUGUAUCUGUAAACCUGUCUGACUGUUCUAAAGACAUGGUUUUGGAUUUGUUGACGCUUGUGUAGUUCCUGUAUUUCUCUUCAUAAAUCUCUCUUAGAUGGGUAGCUAGCUGGCAUGGUGUGUCUCAUGAUCCAUGACACCCAGAGUGUGCAUCCUUCUAUUCAUAUAUUCACUAUUACUCCUGGAUUUACAGUGAUAAUGGCAAUGUCCUAGUCUAGUGGAAAAUACAAAUGCAGAGGAUAUGAAAUGAUUUGCACAACUGCAAAGUAUUUAAGGCAGGAGAUGUGGUCUAUUGCUCUGUUAUUAUUUUGUUCUUUAAAAAAAAAAAAAAAAAUCUGUAUUUUUGCCACAGGUAGACAUGAGGCAUACAUAGCAAAACACAAGAACUAAAUAGGCAGGUUAACACAGGCUUUUUUCAAAGAUGUAAGAUGUUCAUAUGCUGAACUGUGGAUUCUUUGUUUGUGUGCUCAGUUGUGGCUUGUCCAGUGAUCACGGGGAGUCCCAUACCUUGUAGGCUUCCUGGAAGUCUUGGACAGUAUUAGUUGUGUCUCCAUGGAAGAAAGUCAAGGAGUGAGAGAUUCGCCAGCGGUAACGAAUUUUGUGUUGUUGUAGGAGAGAAGUGAGUGGUUAAAGUUCCUGGUGCCAUGCCAGAGUGCUGCCUGAGAGGUAGGCAUAGAAGGUUAACACCAUCUCUUCGAAGUUGUAAGGUGACUUGCCUUUUAUAGUAGUCAGUACUGCUAUUUUGUCCUUCCUAUUUUGAAUUGGACUACUAGGUCUCUUGGGACUGUAGUUGGUGCCUUUGCCGGUUUGGGUAUCCGGAAUAUGCCGUAGAUCGCCAUUGUUUUGGCCUGUCGAGGUGUCAGCAAGGCUGCCAGCAGAUGCCUUACAAAGUGUGGUAGCUCAGCUUCACGGAUGCUUUCCAGGAUCCCCCUGAUUUUAAGGUCGUUCCAGUGGCGUAAGUUCUCUUGGGCCGUGAAGCGGCACUCAUAUGUUAGAUUCUGUUGCUGUAAUUCGUGGAAUGCUUGUUGACACAAUAUAAUUUGCCUUGUGCCAUUAUUAGAUGCAGUUUCUAGUGCUCCAAGGUAGCCUAUCAGGCCCUGCAGCUCCCUGUGUAUGGUAGUCAUGUCAGCCCAGGGCCGGUGCAAACAAAAAUUUGCCCUAGGCAAACAAAGAUUUGCCGCCCCCCAUAUUCUCUGCCCACCAUGUGACAUCACAAUGCCCCACCCGUAUGAUCUGCCAUAUGAGCCAACGCCAGUUCUGCACACAGUGUCUUUUCUCUGAAAAGGCAGUGUGUUUACAUUAAAAAGCCUGCAGGGACAGGCUAUAGACACCAGAACCACUACAUUAAGCUGUAGUGGUUCUGGUGACUUUAUUGUCCCUUUAAUGUGAGGUAAAUUAGAGAUUAGUGCCACUAACAAUAUACUGGAUUGCCUAUUUACCACCAGAUGAGGACAAGAGGAUGAUGAUGGGCUCAGGCUGCAGUCUGGCUCCACUUUUCUGGUGUAGAACAGGCCUGUCAGGGUACCUUUGGUGUCUACCUCGGAGGAGGUUAGACACCUAGACGUCCAUCCUCCCAGGGGGGCUGACUCACCCGAUCCUUGCACUCCUCCCGGUCGUUUACACGCCGGCCGCGAUAGCUCCGCCUCCUUUUAUGACGCGGCGCUCAGUAGCCGACGUCAUGACGGCAAUCACGUUCCGACCCGUCAAUCACGGCAACCAAGUGCCGAACAACGAAUCAGGACUCGUUGGGGGCGGAGCCAACAGUUAAAGAGCCAAGGUAUAAAAGAGGGUUCUGUGGAAUGAUUCAUUGCCCUGUCGUGGUUCUAGCUAGUCUGGUCACUCAGUGCAAUUACCUCUAUUGUCUUUUGGUUCCUGACUCGGCUUGUAUUUUGACCCUGCUUUCCUCUCUUGUCCUUUUGACUCGGCUUGUCUCUCGCUUACCUGAUCUCUCGUUCCCUCGACCUCGGCUUGUCUCUGACUAUUCUUUUGCUUUCUCCUUACGUUAGUCCGGCCAUUCUAAGGUCCGGUAUACGUACCUAUCCCCUGUUUGUAUUCUGCGUGUUGGAUCCCUGUCACGAUCCUGACAUUACGACAGGGCCAAUGGAUCCUGCAGGUACAAACUCUCAGGUCGGUUCUCCUGACUCUAGAUUUGAGGCCAUGGAUCAUAGAAUGGACCAGAUGGCUCUAGCUCUGCAAGCAUUGCUAUCUCGUCCUAGUAGUCACUCAGAGGAGAUGCGUACCCCAUCUAUCUCUCCUAUACGUACAGGCCUAGAGGUAGCCACAGUGGCUACUUCUUCCCGUGUUACGUCCCCGUCACGCUAUGGCGGCGCUCCUGACACUUGUCGAGGUUUUUUAAACCAGAUUGGUAUUCAUUUUGAAUUACAACCCCACGCCUACCCUACUGACAGGGCAAAGGUUGGAUUUAUAAUUACCUUGCUCAUUGACAAGGCACUUAGAUGGGCUAACCCCCUGUGGGAAAAUGAUAACCCGUUAGUUUAUAAUUAUAAUGCUUUUGUCGCUGCAUUUAGGAGAGCUUUUGACCCUCCAGGAAGAAAGGCCAAUGCAGCUAGACUACUGUUACGUCUUAGACAGUAUAACCGAACCCUAGUGGAUUAUGCCUUGGAGUUCAGAUCCUUGGCGGCAGAGGUCAAGUGGAAUGAACAGGCUUAUAUGGACGUAUUUAUGAACGGGUUAUCUGAUGAGAUUUUAGAUGAGGUGGCCACAAGAGAUCUUCCUGAAAAUUUGGAGGAUCUGAUUUCAUUUAUUUCCCGAAUAGAUGAACGUAUGAGACAGAGGCAGAAUAUUCGGGAUAGAACCCGCAGAUCCUCCAUAAGACUAGCUCCCUCAUUUCAGACUUCUGAUUCUACUACUUUAGCUCUCCCAGAACCUAUGCAAAUAGGUCAUACUCGACUCUCAGAGGAGGAAAGACAGUACAGGAGAAGGGAGGGUCUUUGUAUGUAUUGCGGAAUUAGAGGUCACCUACGCCUAAAUUGCCCUAACCGGCCGGGAAACGCUCGCACCUAAGUUUCUCAAGAGGACAGGCCUUGGGUGUUUCUAUCUUGUCCUCUAUUUAUGAUUAUAAAGAUCAUAGGCUUCUGAUACCUGUUUCUUUAGCUUGGGAAAGGGGAGUACUUAAUGCUAUGGCUUUGAUAGAUUCCGGAGCAGCUGAAAGCUUUAUUGACCAAGCCUUUGUCACUAACCAUUCUAUCCCAUCUCAGCUAAGGGAUACACCCUUGGCCGCUGAGGCCAUAGAUGGUAGACCAUUAUCUGAACCUGUGAUUUUUCGUGAAACCAUACCAAUUAAGUUAACCACUGGUAUCCUUCACGAGGAAAGAAUAUCCCUCAUGCUGAUCUCAUCUCCUUCAGUUCCUAUAGUCUUGGGGUAUCCCUGGCUUAAGAAGCAUAACCCUAUCAUUGACUGGGAACUGGGUGAGAUAGUCUCCUGGGGUCAGGGUUGCCAGAAAGGAUGUGUGCAGAAAGUCUCACCAAUUUGCAGGGUUGACGCCCCGGUUAACUCUUCCCAACCUACAGAUUUACAGAUACCAUCACAGUACCAGGAUUUAAAGGCAGUCUUUGACAAAAAGAGGGCUGAUACUUUACCUCCACAUAGGUCUUUCGACUGUAAAAUUAGACUCCUACCUGGUACUAUGCCUCCGAGGGGUACGGUAUAUCCUUUAUCCACUAAGGAAAACUUAGUCCUAGAGGAGUACAUACGUGAAAACCUAGACAAAGGUUUUAUUAGAAGAUCAUCUUCUCCGGCCGGGGCCGGUUUCUUUUUUGUAGAUAAAAAAGACGGCACUCUACGGCCUUGCAUUGAUUAUCGGGGCUUGAAUAAGAUAACUGUUAGAAAUGCUUAUCCUAUUCCUUUAAUUACUGAGCUCUUUGAUCGACUGAAAGGCUCCAAGAUUUUUACCAAGUUAGAUUUGAGGGGAGCUUAUAACUUGGUGAGAAUUCAGCAGGGAGACGAAUGGAAAACAGCUUUCAAUACCCGCUAUGGCCACUAUGAAUACACGGUAAUGCCCUUCGGGCUUUGCAAUGCACCUGCAGUAUUCCAGGACCUAAUUAAUGAGGUUCUUAGGGAAUUUCAGCAUGAAUGCGUUAUAGUAUAUUUGGAUGAUAUACUAAUACACUCUAGAGAGAUUGAGACUCGCCACAGACAAGUCAGAAGGGUACUGCGCAAACUGUUACAACAUGGAUUGUACUGCAAAUUGGAAAAGUGUAGCUUCGACCAAUCUCAGAUAAACUUUCUUGGCUACGCUAUUUCUGGAGACGGAUUUAGGAUGGACCCCAUUAAACUCCAAUCGAUUUUAGAUUGGCCAUUGCCCAGGGGACUCAAGGCCAUUCAGAGAUUUAUCGGAUUUUCCAAUUAUUAUAGGCGCUUCAUUAAAGGCUACUCUUCUAUUAUUGCUCCUAUUACUAAUAUGACUAGACAGGGGGCUGAUACCAAGACUUGGUCCACAGAGGCUCUCUCUGCUUUCAAAACUCUCAAGGAACAUUUUGCCUCAGCACCGAUAUUAGUUCAUCCUGACACAUCUUUGCCUUUUUUACUCGAGGUUGACGCCUCGGAGACAGGUAUAGGCGCUAUCUUGUCCCAAAGGCUAGGUUUGGAUAAACCGUUACAUCCUUGUGGGGUUUUUUCCAAGAAAUUAUCUGGGCCUGAAAGUAGAUAUGACAUUGGUGAUAGGGAACUGUUAGCGGUCAUUAUGGCUUUAAAGGAAUGGAGACAUUUGUUGGAGGGGACAUUAUACCCGGUUACUAUUUUGACUGAUCACAAGAAUUUGUCCUACAUAGGGGAGGCCAAGCGCUUGUCCACCAGGCAAGCUCGUUGGUCCUUGUUUCUGACACAUUUCAAUUACGUGCUCACUUAUAGACCUGGUUCUAAGAACUCUAAGGCAGAUGCAUUGUCCCGUCAACAUGAACCCUCUACGGUGUCUGAAGCAGCUUUGUCUUCUAUCGUUCCUAAGUGUAAUAUUAUUGCCAACACUUGUGUCAGGAUACACUCGCCGUUGCUUGCUGAGAUCAAGAAAGUACAACAUCUAGCUCCCAAACCUGUUCCUGGGGAUCGAUACUUCGUUCCUCCUGAGCUCCAAGUGGAACUGCUGCAUUGCUUUCAUGACAGUAAAAUUGCUGGGCACCCCGGCACACGCAAAACGUGUUCCCUGAUUUCUAAAGAUUUCUGGUGGCCUUCCCUUCGUAAGGAUAUAAGGGAUUUCGUCAGGGCAUGUGCUGUCUGUAUGAAGACUAAGCAACCUCACGCGCUCCCUUGUGGACUUUUGCAUCCCUUAGAAAUUCCCGAGAGACCAUGGUCGUGUUUGGCUAUGGAUUUCAUUGUCGAUUUGCCUGUUUCUAAAAAACAUACUGUUAUUCUCACGGUGAUUGACAGGUUUACUAAAAUGGCUCAUUUCGUGCCCUUGCCUAAACUGCCCUCGUCUCCCGAAUUAGCUGAGAUAUUCGCGAGGGAGAUUUUUCGUCUACAUGGUAUUCCCUCUGAAAUUGUUUCUGAUAGAGGUUCCCAAUUUGUUUCCCGCUUUUGGAAGUCUUUCUGUUCUCACUUAGGCAUCAAGUUGAACUUCUCCUCUGCCUAUCAUCCCCAGUCCAGCGGAGCUGCCGAACGCACCAACCAAAAGAUUGAACAAUAUUUGCGUUGUUUUGUUUCUGAACACCAGGACGAUUGGGUUGGUCUGAUUCCUUGGGCAGAGUUUGCACACAACAGUCUCGUUUGUGAUUCUACUCGUUCUAGCCCCUUUUUCUUGAAUUAUGGCUUUCAUCCUUCCAUUCUUCCGUCGGUUUCCCCUUCCCAAGGGGUUCCGUCGGUUUCCCCUUCCCAAGGGGUUCCGUCGGUUGAUGUUCAUGUCGCCAAUCUGAGAAAGUUGUGGGAUCAGACUCGACGAAUUCUUCUUCAGAAUUCCAUGGUGUUCAAACGACACGCUGACAAACGAAGACGGGUGGCUCCGGUUUUUGCCCCGGGUGAUAGGGUGUGGUUGAGUACCAGAAACAUCCGCUUGAAGGUUCCUUCCAUGAAAUUUGCCCCUCGUUACAUAGGCCCUUACAAGGUUCUGUGUCGGAUUAACCCGGUUGCUUAUCGUCUUGCCCUUCCGCCUGCCCUGCGCAUCCCUAACUCUUUUCAUGCUUCUUUAUUGAAGCCUUUGGUUUGCAACAGAUUUUCCUCCCCUGAGUCCUCCCCUCUCGCUGUCCAGGUUGAGGGUCAGGAGGAAUAUGAAAUCAAAUCCAUUCUCGAUUCUCGUAUUUCUCGGGGGAAGUUGCAAUAUCUUGUUGACUGGAAGGGGUAUGGGCCUGAAGAAAGGUCUUGGGUGGUCCAUGAAAAUGUGCAUGCCCCUCGUCUCCUCCGGGCAUUUCAUGCUCGUUUUCCGUCCCGCCCCGGUUCCUUCCGCCCGGUGGGCGUUUCUGAGAGGGGGGGUACUGUCAGGGUACCUUUGGUGUCUACCUCGGAGGAGGUUAGACACCUAGACGUCCAUCCUCCCAGGGGGGCUGACUCACCCGAUCCUUGCACUCCUCCCGGUCGUUUACACGCCGGCCGCGAUAGCUCCGCCUCCUUUUAUGACGCGGCGCUCAGUAGCCGACGUCAUGACGGCAAUCACGUUCCGACCCGUCAAUCACGGCAACCAAGUGCCGAACAACCAAUCAGGACCCGUUGGGGGCGGAGCCAACAGUUAAAGAGCCAAGGUAUAAAAAAGGGUUCUGUGGAAUGAUUCAUUGCCCUGUCGUGGUUCUAGCUAGUCUGGUCACUCAGUGCAAUUACCUCUAUUGUCUUUUGGUUCCUGACUCGGCUUGUAUUUUGACCCUGCUUUCCUCUCUUGUCCUUUUGACUCGGCUUGUCUCUCGCUUACCUGAUCUCUCGUUCCCUCGACCUCGGCUUGUCUCUGACUAUUCUUUUGCUUUCUCCUUACGUUAGUCCGGCCAUUCUAAGGUCCGGUAUACGUACCUAUCCCCUGUUUGUAUUCUGCGUGUUGGAUCCCUGUCACGAUCCUGACAAGGCCCUCUGGAGGCUGUUUGUAACAGUGCUCACAAAAAUCAACGAACAGGAAGCAUCUCCAUUUUUUGGGGCCGCUUACAUGGCUCAAGGUCUGAGCCCUCAAGGCCUGACCGUGAGUAUGCUUGAAAGGCCCACCCAUAAGUCCACUUACAUGGCCGACCCAUGAGUUCGCUCACAGGGAGUGGAGUGUAUGUGUUUAGAGGAUGUGUUAUGUGUUAUUGUAGAGGAUGUAAUGUGUGUGUGUUCUUAUGGAAUGUAGUGUAUAGGGAUACUAGUUUGUGUAAGGGAUGUAGUGUGUGUAUAGGGGAUGCAGUGUGAGUUUGUGUGUAUGGAAUUUAUUGUGUGUUUCUGGGUGUGUGUAAGGGAUGCAUCGUGUGAUUUUGUGUUUAUAUGUGUAAGGGAUGCAAGGUGUUUUUCUGUGUAUGUAAUGUAGUGUGUGUCUGUAAGGGGUGCAUUAAGUGUGUCUAAGAGAUGCAUUGUGUUUCUGUUUGUGUGUGUAAGAGAGGCAGUGUGUGCUUGUGUGUGUGUGCGCGUGCGUGCAUAAGGGAUGCAUUGUUCGUUUUUGUAUGUAAAGGAUGCAGUGUAUGUGUAAGGUAUGCAUUGUGUGCUUCUGUGUAUGUGUGAAAGGGAUGCAUUGUGUGUGUGUGUAAUGGAUGCAUUGUGUGUUCUGUGUGUGUAAGGGAAGCAUGAUGUGUUUCUGUGUGAGUGUAGGAUGCAUUGUAUGUUUCGGUGUGUCUGUGUGUGAGUAGGGAUGCAUUGUAUGUUUCUGUGCAUGUGUGUGCGUGUAGAGGUUCAUUGUGUGUUUCUGUGUAUGUGUAAGGAUGCAUUGUGUAUGUGUGUAGUGUGAAAGAGAGGGUUUGAGAGGGAUAGGGGCUGAGAGAGGAGCAGCUCUUUAUUUUUAUUUGAUUUAUUUUGGUAUUAUAUUUAUUUUGUAUAUAUUUUUCUUGCCCAUUUAAUAUAUACAUGGAAAUUGUGAAAAUAAUGGUACUGGCCAGGGUGUUACUAUGUGGUCUAUGCUAACCAAAGUCAAUGCAUUUGCAGACAAUUUGAGCUCCUGUUAAUGUUCAAUAUAACUUUAUUUCAUGGCUGGCAAACAUUGUGUAUGUUUUGUACAUUUAAAUAUACAGUACAUUAGUUCUAUGCUGUUCCUGGGUAGUACAUGUGCCAUCCUUUAUUCUUGCCCAACCUUUUGCUGAGCUAUUAAUGAUAUUUUAUCUGAAAAUGACAAGAAAUCAAGUUUUAUUUCCAUAAACCCAUGAAUAACUGAUGUUCGUUAUAAACUUUUAGAUAAUUAUUUCAGUUUUGUUUCUGUAUUUUAAGACAACAUAAUUAGGGGAGUGGACUGGGAGAGUAGAGAUUUGUAUUUAUUAACAUGGCACGUAGGUCAUGGCUGAUGGCUGAUUGAGUUCUACAUUGGCACUACAGUUUGGGAGUUAUAUGGGCAGCUUGCUGGCACUAUACUGGAGUCUUUGUGCCAGGGAGACUUGGUAUUCACUACACAUGCUUGUAAUUUAUGGAUCAGAGAGCUAAGAACAUCCUGUUCCACUCUCUAAUUUGAAGCCACCAUUCUUUAGAGUUCCUAUUAAAAAAUACAUUUGGGGAAAAAUUCCUAGAACCUCCAAAAAUAUUGAGGGGACAGGACUUUUGCAUGUUCUUACCAGGAAAAAUUACAAUUUAUCUCACAAAAUAAAUGUUGGUAUAACAAGUAUAUUUUCUGAAUAAACUUUAUGUGGCCGGGGAGUUAAAAUAUAUAAACACGAAGCCAAAGAUGCAGAAACGAGAACCCAUUCACUAAAUAACUUCACAGAAAUGAAAAAUAUGUUAAGUGAAACUAAAUAUGUCUGAAAAAUUCAAUUCUCAAAGGACAUCUGAAGGAUAAAAUAAAAAGUUCUAACAAAUAAUAAAAAAAAACAUUUGCAAAGGUUUAUGAAAUAAGAAAAAAAGGUUUGCUAUUUUUUUUUCUUCCUACCUUUUUGAGCUACUGUAAAAUGUUUAAUUUUCCUAAUUUCAUACUUUUUGAAUUUAGCAUAAAGAACUAUAAGGAUCCAGGAGGUUAACUUAAACUUACCAUGAAUAGUCUGCUUCAAAGUGAUCAUACAUCAAUUUGAAGAAUACUUGCUUUCUGCGGAAAUGUAACCUUUGGUAUCCAAAACAACACAUAUAACUGCACUAAAAGCCAAAUUAGCCAUCUUGCCUUUAAUCACUCUUUUAAAAGCACAGUCUGUUUCCUCCAUUGAGGAAACCAGUGCCAAAUUGAGAUCUAAAUUGCCUGUGACUUGAAAGAGAGAUCAACGUGAGCCCAGAUUGGUUAAAUAUAUUCAGAUUAAAGGAAGUUUAAUUUUCUUCACUGUGCAUACAUCAGCUAGCGGCUAUUUCUUAUAACAUGCAAAAUACAGGAAGAAACAGGAGACUUAAAAAGAGCAAACAUACUCAGGUCCCUUUAUAGAAUGCUUAGAAGACCUCAAUUAGAGCAAUGUGUGAGCUUCUAAAGACUAUUGGUUUUAUUUAUUUCACAAUGAUACCCAAAAAGGCAGCUGAGAUUCUAACUGACUAGUGCAAAUAUACCUUAUGAAAAAAAAUAUAUAUAUUAGUAAUGAAUAAAAUGUCCUAUUUGUAUAUUUUCAGGACAGAGAUGAAUGCAUGGACGCACCUACUAUAUGUGGCGAGAGAAUUAAAUGCUUAAAUACUCCAGGUAUGACUAGAUCAUUUGUUGAAAUUGAAAAUACUGUUAUUAUUUUUUUAAAUUUUAUUUUCUGCUUUAAACCACUUUAAAAAUCUGAAACCAUUUGGAAGGAUAUUGUGUAUAUUAAGGUUUUAAAAAAAAGAAUUAGUAUACUUAAGCCAAAUUUUAAAUAAAAACAUUGUCAGAUUGAAUUAUAGUACUCUAGCCUGCCAUUGCUAUGCAAUAAACUCCAAAUUGCAGUGAACAUACGAACUUUGCCUAAAACUGGCAAGUUGUGACUGUAGCAAAGCAGUAGAAUUUUUGCAGAUCAGCUUUAGAUUUUAAUUUGCUACAAUGUGUUCAGAGUUUAGUGAAUACAUCUGUGUAUAGUGUAAUAUUCUAUAUUAUACUCUCUAUACUGUGUAUUGAUAUGUGUUGUUUUUUUUGUGGCUUUUUAAUAGGUGGAUUCAGGUGUCUUGGAGUUGCAGAGAAAGAUGCGGCUUUAGGACUCUGCGGUGCCCAGUAUUUUUUUAAUAAGGAGUUACAAGAAUGCCAGGCGUGUUCGGAGUGUGAGGAAGGAGUGGUGGCCUUCCAAUGUACAGCGGAUAGUGAUACCAUCUGCACAGCAGCAAGUGAAAGCAAACUAUCAGAAUCUUGCUCGGCUGGUAUUUCUCUACCAUUAGCUAAAAUGGCAAACUCACAAAUAUAUCCUGGAUUAAACCUCAAAAUCAAGGAGACGUUGCAGUGCGAUAUUUUGUCACCCAAUGAAAACCAAAUGAUAUUCAAGCAGCAUGGUUUAUUAUGGACCGACAUUAAUUUUGCAGUAAAGCACAGCUGCAGAAAUUUUCUGCAGCUCUCCUUAAAGCUUAACAACAGUGAAGAAGGGUAUGAGCUAAGUGGCUCGCGUAUCGAACAACCAGAAGCAAAAUAUUUCCAGAGUAUCAGUAUAAGCUGUGCAGCAGAGGUGGAGCCAAGCCAAACGUUAUCAGUGUUUCUUAAAAGUCCUAACCAUUUCUGCAAUCAGAGUAAAGACCUACACAUUUAUGACUUGAUCACCCCAUUGAGCAUGUUUUGGUUAUCUCAUGAUACUGGUGCAGUGGCCAUGAAUGCUCAAAUGUCCACCGCUUUACAUUACCAAACAAAUUACAGACCUUCCUUCAAAAUCAUAACUGUGUCUGAUCCCUACAUGAUCAGCUUGUCCCAUGAUGGAAGAAGCAUUAAAUUUACUGAAUCUGGUGUUGUCAAGUUUGCUUUUCAGCAAGCACUCUACUCAAUGGGGCCAACAUGUGUCCGUGAAGGAUUUUCAUUAAUUUCAUCCAUAAAUCGCAAUGGAUCUAAUUCUGAGAUUAUCCAGGUAUUUAAAUCUGGAGUGAACUACAGGGACACAUCAAUAUCUGCUUCAGGGGCAGCAAAAGUGAAUGGUGGUGAUGUGAUAAGCUUCGAGAUAUUGUCUCCAGCACAGUGCAAUGUUCGUUAUUUUGGAGAAAAUUCUGGCAUUAGCACCUUGAGUCUCAUAUGGAUCCCUACAGCAAUUUCCACUGCUAUCACAGCCUCAGUUUCUAGUUCAGUAUUACCUACUGGAGCAGUAAGAAAUAAGCUCUUGAGCUUUAGUCAAGAUUCAUCAAAAGAUAAAACGAUCCAACUUGUUACUUCUGGGCCAUUUGCCCAGAAAACAUUCAUGUUCACUGAAAAGGGUGCAGCUAGUAUUUCAUUCAACUUGAAAUUAAUCCACUCGUGCAAUAUUAUUAAACUGACCCUAAAUAGAUAUGAAAGUGACCAAGGGCCGCCAACAGUAGUUGCUCAGCAAAUUGGUGGCCAGAUGCCAGAAGGUAGCUUGUGGAUUAGCAUUUCACUUCGUUCUUCUUUUGAUGUUCAGAAUGGAACAAAGAUAUCUAUUUCCUUGGAUUGUGUGCGUGGAAGAGUCAACCAGAUUGCUCACGAUCAUGGAACUAAUUUGUCAAUCUUGUGGGUUUCAUCUUAAAGUUCUUAAAACAUGACUCUAUAGUGGACUACGUGCAAUGGCAGCCUGAACUUUUACGAUUUGAACAUUGGCUUUAAUGUAAGAAAAGUAUAUGGAAUUAACAAAGUAGCAGCAUUUGCCACUUGUGACAAUGUCAGAAUGCAAUAUGUGCAAGCAAUUUAAGACAUUAGUGACUAUUAAUAACACAGUGGACUCCUCGUAUUUUACAAUUUUCUUCAAUGCAUAAUUCAGCAUGAUUCAGGAUAAUUCAACAUUAUUCACUGACCCGUCGCUGCACAGUUAAAUUUUCCAUUUGUAUGAUGAAAUUAAAGUUUGUGCCACCUGGCAAAGACCUCUACAGUAUGGUGAUCAUGGACAAGACAUCAUUGAGAGGCACUCCACUUCAUUUCACAGAAAUUUCAGAAUGGGUCUGAGACAUCAAUCAAUUCUAGCCACCCUCCUAAAUAAAUCCAUGAAGUGAUCUCAUGACGGUGAUUACACAAUGCAGCUGUAGAAACUAUUAUUAAAAUAACAUGUUUUUAGUAAAGAGAAAUGGUUUCUGUUCACUUUUUGAAGAGGAAUUAAAUGAACACCAGGCCUACAAAGCUGUUUUGAUGGCCAGACAUGUUUUUUUUCCCUAUGCGUUCCAUCGAUAUGUUGAUCUAAUUAUUAAUUUCUUUGAAAGGGAAACUUUAUAAUACUUUUGACAAAUAAACUAGUGCAUUAUGAACAUUUUUAGAAAUUUACCUUAAAGGGAUACUAUAGGCACCAAAACAACUUUAGCUAAAUGAAGCAGUUUUGGUGUAUCGAUCAUGUCCCUGUAGUCUCAUUGCUCACUUCUCUGCCAAUUGACUUUUGAAAUGUAGUUCAAAGAGUUAGCACGUGACAGUACAAGUCAGUUCAGUCCAGGCACGGUCAGGGCACAAAAUGCAAACAAAUAUGGAGAUGAACAGAAACAUUGGUUUGCUUUCAAUGGCAAAAAAGGGCAACAUGUAUAACAAUGUCUGUCAAAGAGCGUAGAUGGAGGUAGCCUGUUCAUUUUAUUUUUCAGACAUUGAAAACAUAUUACAGGAUGUGUUACUGUUCCCAAGCCAGUCCUCGUGGCUCAGAAAGUUUUGUCAGUAUCUCAAUUGGAAUAAAAAAAAGGCAAAUGCAUAAAUCUUAGACUGUCGCCAGGCAACAAGGGAUGGUUUGAGAACCACUGGGAUUCAGUAAUCUUAAUAAUGAAAGUUCUGGGAAGUGACAAUUUCCCUUUAACUCCUUAAGGACCAAACUUCUGGAAUAAAAGGGAAUCACGACAUGUCACACAUGUCAUGUGUACUUAAGGGGUUAAAUGUCUUUCUUUGACUAACACUAUUUCAACCAUGUUCUGAUGCACAGUAUGGCUUGUACAUUGUCAAAAGGUUUUGACAGAGAAAACAUGAAUUUUCAUACAGUUUCCUGAAAGUGUACUCAAACUUUUUCUUUGUACUAUGUAUACCUUUAAAAACAAUCGCUAUCCAUUUAUUGCAUAAAUAAUGUUAGUUUUCUUGUGAAGAAAAUAAUUCUGGUGUGCGUAGCAUAUAGAUGUAUUUGUUAUUUCCAUAAUGGAGAUGUUAGUGUGCAAAAAAAAAUACAUGUUAAUUAUUAAACAUUAAAUAAAUUAAAAGGUCAGAUUUAAAAAAAAAUAUUUUAUUUGCAUUGUCAAUAAAUAUUUUCUCUAUUUUUUUUCUAUGAAUAAAUCUCAUUAUGUAAGUGAGCAGACUGAAUUUUGUAUAAG